AUGCCGAGAAUAAUGAUCAAAGGUGGCAUUUGGCGUAACACAGAGGAUGAAAUCCUCAAAGCCGCUGUGAUGAAGUACGGAAAAAAUCAAUGGAGCCGUAUAGCAUCAUUGCUGCACAGAAAAUCAGCAAAACAGUGUAAAGCCCGUUGGUUCGAGUGGUUGGACCCCAGCAUCAAGAAAACCGAAUGGAGCCGAGAAGAAGAUGAGAAAUUGUUGCAUUUAGCCAAGCUGAUGCCUACUCAAUGGCGAACGAUCGCUCCAAUAAUUGGUCGCACUGCUGCCCAGUGCUUGGAGCGCUUUGAAUCUCUCCUGGACCAAGCCCAAAAAAAAGAGGACAACGAGGACAUAGAUGACCUCAGAAAAUUGAAGCCUGGAGAGAUAGAUCCCAAUCCAGAGACAAAACCAGCGCGUCCUGACCCCAAGGAUAUGGAUGAAGAUGAGCUAGAGAUGCUUUCAGAAGCUCGUGCUAGGUUGGCGAACACCCAAGGAAAGAAAGCUAAGCGUAAAGCUCGAGAAAAACAAUUAGAGGAAGCUAGACGACUUGCUGCGCUUCAAAAAAGGCGAGAAUUAAGAGCUGCUGGUAUUACAGUUUCUCAAAAAAACAAACGUAAGCGCGGGAUUAAUUACAAUUCAGAAAUUCCGUUUGAGAAGCGACCUGCGUUGGGAUUUUACGACACAGCUAAUGAACACGUGGAUCCUCUUGCUGCUGAUUUCAGCCGCAUGCGCCAACAACACUUGGACGGAGAUUUGCGAAGUGAAAAAGAAGAAUUGGAACGCCGGAAAGACAAACAGAAGCUUAAACAGCGUAAAGAAAAUGAUAUUCCCAUGGGAAUUCUCAAUAACGAAGAACCACCUCGUAAAAGAAGUAAAUUAGUUCUACCAGAGCCUCAAAUUUCUGAUCAAGAACUCCAACAAGUAGUAAAACUAGGACGCGCUUCUGAAAUCGGGCGUGAAAUUGCCAGCGAGAGUGGAAUUGAAGCCUCUGAGAGUUUGUUAGCUGACUAUUCUUUGACUCCUAAUGUACCAGUGACUCCAAGGACUCCUGCAGUAACGGACAGAGUUCUUCAAGAGACUCAAAAUGUGAUGGCUCUUACACAUGUAGACACGCCUUUGAAAGGAGGAUUGAACACUCCGCUUCACAAUGUUGAUUUUAAUAGCAUUGUUCCUUCCUCUUCGGCUGUUGCUACUCCAAAUACUAUUUUGGCGACGCCUUUCAGGUCGCAACAUGGAGAUGGAACACCACUGAGCAAUACGUUCAGUACUCCAGGAUCUACCAGGACACUAAGUGGGAAAAAUAUUUCAGCUACGCCGAUUCGUGAUAAAUUGAACAUUAUUACCAAUGAAGAUUUGGAAGCUUCUGAAUCAUCAGGUCUUAGGAAAAGAAUUAAACAGCAAAUGCAAGCUGAUUUUAGCACUUUGCCGAGUGCUAAAAAUGAUUAUCAGAUAGUUGUGUCGGACAAUGAAGCUAUGGAGGAAGAGGCGGAUAAAUCUGAGAGGAAUAUUGUUGAAGAUCAGGCGGAUAUUGAUGCUAGAAAGCAGCAAGAUUUGAUGGAGCAGCAGAAGAGGGAGCUGGAAAAAAGGUCGCAGGUUAUUCAGAAAGGGUUACCUCGGCCGGUUGAAGUUAAUUUGAAUAUACUGAGGUCUUCUACGGAGGGCUCGUUGACUGACUUUCAGCGAGCUGAGGAAUUGAUCAAGAGAGAGAUGGUCACUAUGAUGAUGUUCGAUGCGGUCCAGAAUCCUGUCCAGCAGAGUAAUAAAAGGAAUACUGCUCUUUCGCAAGCUCAGUCUUACUUGGACCACAAUCCUUAUGAAGAUUUUGAGAAGACUGAUUUGGAAAACGCUAGGAAGCUCUUGGAUGAUGAAAUGGCUGUCGUUAGAGAAGGUAUGGCUCAUGGAGAUCUUAGCUUGGAUGCUUACACUACUGUUUGGGAGGAGUGCUUGUCCCAGAUCUUGUAUUUAGAGACUCAAAAGAGGUACACCAGGGCUAAUUUAGCUUCAAAGAAAGACCGAGUUGAGUCCCUGGAGAAAAAGCUCGAGGACAAUAGGACUCACAUGACUGGAGAAGCAAAGAAAGCAGCCAAGCUGGAAAAGAAAUUAAAAAUCUUAACUGGAGGUUAUCAAACCAGGGCUCAAGUUUUGUCAAAACAAUUGAAUGACUUAUUGGAUCAGAUCCAGCAGGCGCAGCUUGAGCUGUCAACGUUCCAGUUUUUGAAGACUCAAGAGGAAGCUGCCAUCCCAAGAAGGAUUGAGUCUCUUAUGAGUGACGUAAACAAACAGAUAGCAAGGGAAAAAAAUUUACAAGUAAACUUUGCUAAUCUACAAGACGAGUUGCAAAAAUUAGUUGUUAAUAGUGAAAAGAGCAAUUAA